AUGGAGACCGAUACCAUCUCUUGGAAGUAGUCUGAUGACUUAGAUGAUAUCAUUUAUCACUAGUUUAAGAUUCCUGCUGAUUUACAGAAGGCUGAAUUACAUGGAUUAGCUUAUAGAGUUUAUGAGAAGCCUCAAGAAUAAUCUGUAUAAUGCAAAUGUUGUAACUAUUAUAAAGAUCAUAUUAAAUUCAAUUUUUGUAGUGAUCUAAGUAAAUCAGAUGAUCACUCUGUAGCAAAUGAAUAUUUUCAAAAUGUGAAGUGGAUGAUUUUAUAACUUACAAUCUUUUGGUAAUACGAUGAUCCUAUAAUAACUAGUGUAACAUUUGUUCCUUUCGCAUUAUAUUUUAACCAGUAAGGGGAUGAAUGUGAAAAACAUCCAAAUUGUGAUUAAAAUUCGCUUAAAAUAUAUUCCAUCUGGAAUUUAAUCGCCAUUAAUUAUAGUCUUGAUGAUUUAAAGUAUGCAGGUGUAGUUCUUUCUACAUCAAUUAUUUACAUAAUUCUAAUGAAAUGUGGAUCUUGUGACAUAAUGGGGGCCGAAGCAUUUAAAUAAAUGAAGAUGUCAGUGCUGGUAUAUUCAGGAAUUUAUAUACCUGAUAAAAUUGAAGAUGAAGAAAUUCUUGAGAUUUUGGAUAUUAAUUCUGAUAUAUGUGUCAGAGUUUAUAGAGUAAAUUUAAAAUUGUACGAAGAUCUGUUAUUUGAAUAAUUAAAAUUCCCUUAUUUGAGUGAUAAAGUCUCACAUAAAGAAAGAAAAGAAUACUAAGAGAAGUAUAUGGGGACAAUGAAGUUUUUAACUGAUGAACUACAAGUAUCAUAGGAAUUUAAGGAAAGGUUUAUGAUUCUUUGUGAGAAGAAUAGUUAAAAAUAUUAUCAUAAGUUUUAAAUCCGCAGUCCAAUUUUUCAAUUUUUUAUAUAGUUUCUUAUUGUAUUUGGAUUCUCUAUUCCCUCAACUAUGGCUUAAUUUUUAAUAUUAAAGUUAAGAUAUGAUUUCAUUAAUAAUAAUUAUAGUGGAGAAGAAGAUUAAAUGAUUAAGAAAUUGCUAAAUGUCGGCUCUACUCUAGUCUCGAUGAUUGCUUUUUCUAUUUUUAAUAAAAUUGGUUCCAAAAUUUUGACGAAAUUGGCUUUAACUAUUUAUCAAAUUGGUAUCUCACUUUAAAUUGCAUUGCUGUAAAAUCUUGAUUUAAGAUAUUGGAAUUUAUUUUAAUCUGUUUAUGAGCAAUCAAGUUAAACUAUGUUAUAAAGUGAAGGAAUGUUGGAUUAUGUGAUAACAUUUAGUUUCUUAAAUCUCUUUGUUCCAGUAAUAACUUAAAUUUUUGAUUUUAAUCAUAUUUGGAGAAAAGUUAAACUGUUUAGAUUGAAAGGGAAAAAAACUAAUAAUAAAACCUAAAAAGAAGCAAACUUAUUUUUUUAAUUAAGGAAAUUUAAUUACUAUGAAAGAAAAAUCACUGUUCACAAGAUUUUUGCUGUAAGCAUGUUGUUUGGAUUCUAAUAUCCAUUAAUUAUUCCAUUUUCAAUCCUUUCAUUAUUGCUUAUAUAUUGGGUAGAUAAAUGCAUAUUUAUAAACUUUUCAAUACCAGUUAUAAAGGAUAGACAUGAAGAAUUACUACAAGGAAUUUACUACUUGUUCAAUAUGGUGGCAAUAUAUUAUUUUUUUUUUUUUGGUUUAAUUACCUUUAAGACUUGGAUUAUUACUACUCUAUUGAUCAUCAAUGGAACUUUAUUAUUAUGGGUAGGUUUAUCAUCUUUGUUAAAUCAAGAUUGGAAUUUUCGAACACUAUUAAGCGAUGAUGAUGAAAAAUAUUAACUAUUUAUCAAUUUAAAGAAAAGACUGAAGAAUUUUACUAAAAAAUCAAUGAAGAGUUAAGUGGUUGAAACUACUAGCUUAUUGGAGUGA